AUGUGGCGCUCUAGGUGGGAUGCUGGCAUCCUGAAGGCCGAGGCCCUGGCCCUGCUCCCCUGCGGCCUGGGCAUGGCGUUCUCUCAGUCACAUGUGAUGGCGGGCGCGCGGCACCAGCAUGGCCGGCUCAUUAUUGAGGUGGACGAGUACAGCUCCAACCCCACCCAGGCCUUCACCUUCUACAACAUCAACCAGGGCCGCUUUCACGCACCUCACGUGCAGAUGGUGGACCCAGUGCCUCACGACGCCCCAAAGCCACCUGGCUACACACGCUUCGUCUGUGUUUCUGACACCCACUCAAGGACAGACCCCAUCCAGAUGCCCUAUGGUGAUGUGCUGAUCCAUGCCGGGGACUUCACGGAGCUAGGGCUCCCGAGCGAGGUGAAGAAGUUCAAUGAAUGGCUGGGCAGCCUGCCCUACGAGUACAAGAUCGUGAUUGCGGGCAACCACGAGCUGACCUUCGACCAGGAGUUCAUGGCUGACCUCAUCAAGCAGGACUUUUAUUACUUCCCGUCCGUGUCCAAGCUGAAGCCGGAGAACUAUGAGAAUGUCCAGUCGCUGCUGACCAACUGCAUCUACCUGCAGGACUCGGAGGUCACGGUGCGUGGCUUCAGGAUCUACGGCUCCCCGUGGCAGCCCUGGUUCUAUGGCUGGGGAUUCAACCUCCCGCGAGGGCAAGCGCUGCUGGAAAAGUGGAAUCUCAUCCCGGAAGGUGUUGACAUCCUCAUAACUCACGGACCACCACUGGGCUUUCUAGACUGGGUCCCCAAGAAGAUGCAGCGCGUGGGCUGCGUGGAGCUGCUCAACACCGUCCAGAGGCGAGUCCAGCCGCGGCUACACGUCUUUGGCCACAUUCAUGAAGGCUAUGGUGUCAUGGCGGACGGGACCACCACCUAUGUGAAUGCAUCCGUAUGCACUGUGAACUAUCAGCCUGUUAAUCCUCCCAUAGUCAUCGAUCUCCCAACACCCCGGAACUCCUGA